UCUCUCCCUUUCCUCUCCUCUCCUCCACUUGUUGGUCUUUGUUCUUGUUGCUGCUGCUGCGCACUCCAGUUGUUCCUGAUCCUGAUCUUCAUUCUCUGCUAUUCUCCUCUCUCUCGCUGGUGGUGUGACUGAGAUUGCGAUUGCGAUUGCGAUUGCGAUCGAUCGAUCAAUCAGUAGAUUAUGUCGGGCGGCGUGGGGCCCACGGGGGGCGGGGGGAUCGAGGUGUCGGCGGCGGGGGCGGGGGCGGAGGCGAAGGCGGCGGAGGACGACGCGCUGCUGCGGCCGGGGCUGCAGGCGCACUCGCCGCGGCGGAUCCACCGGUUCCUGUCCUUCCGGCAGCUGAACGCGCUCGCGACCCUCGUCGUCCUCGCCGCCAGCUCCACCGUCCCCGUGGCCGACCUCGCCUUCGCCCUCCUCUCCCUCCCCUACCUCUACCUCCUCUCCUCCCUCUCCUUCCCCCCGCUCUCCCCCUCCCCUCCCCCUCCCAUCUUCGGCCAACGCAACCCCCUCCUCGCCGCCUACGUCGCCCUCGGCGCCGUCCUCGGCCUCCUCCUCCCCAUCGCCUACAUCGUCGACGGCGUCCUCGCCGGCGACAAGCACGGCCUCGCCGCCGCCGCCCCCCACGUCUUCCUCCUCGCCGCCCAGGUCUUCCUCGAGGGCGUCACCUUCUCCCACCACUUCUCCCUCCCCAUCCGCGCCUUCGUCCCCGUCUCCUACAACGCCCGCCGCCUCUUCACCCUCGCCGACUGGCUCCGCGCCGAGAUGCGCAAGGCCGACCUCGCCCCUCCGCGCCGCCUCCUCGCCGGCCGCGCCCUCGCCCUCGCCAACCUCGCCUUCUGGACCUUCAACCUGCUCGGCUUCCUCCUCCCCAUCUACCUCCCCAGAGCUCUCAUGCGCCAUUACUCACACUCCGCAGAUAAUAAUAAUAAUAAUAAUAAUUUUGGUAGUAAGGAGAAAGACAAGAAGAAGCUGUGAGGGUUGUUUAAUCACUGCUAUUGCUAUUGCUAUUAUUAUUGUUGAUGAUGAUGAUUAGUGCCACUGAUAUUUUUGCUUCUUUUUUUUUUUAGUGGGGAGAAAUUGAACUGUCCAAUAAAUGUACUUGCCUGUUUUCCAUA